UCAAAAAAUGGCCUGCUGAACUACCAGGGGAUAAAGUGGACACUGAUGUUGUCAGCUUUUCUGUUUCAAAAUACUGUGUACUUCUAUCACAGGAAAUGCUUGUGCUCUCUGACCCAUGGUGCACAAUCUUCAGCUUCUUCCCAUAGUAAUGCAUAAUGAAGUCUACAGGGAAUUUUCAAACCUGUCCAUCAGAAACCCUUGCUUCUGAUACCGAGGAACUUGAGAGCGAGAGUGAGAACAGUCAGAUUGAUGGCAUUGCAAAAAAGAAGAGAAAGACCUAUUCAACUGGCAUUAACAAACAACGGCAAGCAGCAAACGCGAGGGAGAGGGACAGAACCCACAGUGUGAACACAGCAUUUUCAGCUCUCAGGAAUCUCAUUCCAACCGAGCCAUCAGACCGCAAACUAUCGAAGAUAGAGACCCUGCGCUUGGCUUCCAGUUAUAUUUCCCAUCUGGCGAAUGUCCUCCUCCUGGGAGAGGAUUUUCUGGACGGGCAGCCCUGUUUAAAAUAUCGAGCGGUCAGGCAGAGCAGCACUAACGACAUAAAUACUGCAGCUCCCAGACCUAUAUGCACCUUCUGUCUUAGUAAUCAGAGAAAAAUGCUUAGAGAAGGAGAAAAACACCUCCCUGUCUGAUGUUUAUGAGGACAUCCCUUUGGAUGAGAUGCACAACUACUACUGCACUGACUCAAAAAAAUACAAAGACCGUUUACUGUACUAAUAUGUUUACAUAAUAUGUUAUUUAUUGUAAAAGAAAUGUUAUAUAUUCUAAUAUGUCCAUUAGAUAAAUCUACUUGCACUUUCUGUUUACAACGUUGAGUUUUCAAGUUAGGGUGUUCUAUUAAUGAAACCGAACACUAUGGGCAAGGUUGCACCUGGCAUUACGGUUAUUUUUAGGGGCAGAAAUGUUAAACCUCAGCAUCUCCAAUUCGAAGGAAGGUUGUGGGACUCAGACUAAGGUCACAUGAUGUAAUUUAAGCAGACGCACCCAGUGCUUUCUGUCAAUGUGUUCUUCACAACACGUCAUCACCAGUUUCCAGGAUCCAAUGACUGACCAUAUCCUUCAGUGUGAAAAUAACAGGGGAAAUAUCUGUCCACAGUGAAUGAGUUGCUUACCUCAAUGGCAUUUGAAAAUAAAUCUGAAUGAUUUUUAAAGGAAGAUUGUUUGCUACAAAUCCCCCAAAUCCUAUUUUUUUUACUAUCUCAAGUCGACUUUUAUUAAAAUAUGGAGCUGAAAUAUUGUGCAUUAUGUGGAUCUAAACCACUCUGAGGUGCUUCAAGAAUCAAUGAUGUAAUAAUAGUUUUCUUCCAAUUGUGUGUAUAAUGUCACUACAAGUAUAAAUAAUUGAUGGUUUCAUACAGAUUAAAUUUUAUUAUUAACUUGGGACAAAGUCAGGUAGAUUGAUAUCACUUUAUGUGUUAUCCCCAAAGGGUUCAAUUGCUCACUUUGACAAUAAUGCCGAGUGAUGCAAACAAACUGCUGACUGCCUUAUCCGCCAUAUUGCUCAGUAUGGUGAAAUGGGAAGUGCAUAUAGCAGAUACGUGCAUCUCCUAUUCAUUUGAACUUUAAUGGAUUUUGCACUUCUGCAAAUAUAUAUGUCUAUAGUCCUGCUGUCAAUCUCUCAUCCCAUAAAGCGAGAGUGUUUUAUCAAACUAAGCUGCAUUCCCCUGCAUUGUAUAGCAUGGCAUUCUAGCCGUACUUUGGACAAUUUAGUUUAGCCUACAUAAUGGAUGUUUAUCGAAACAUUCUUCAGUGGAUGGUUGAAAAUGCAAUAAGUGCCAAGUUACAUUCUUUUACACUGGUUCACUGUUUAGCUACUGAAAAUAGGGCACCGAAUGAUAAAAGAAAGAUCGCCACUUUAUUCUGUACUGUGUAUCCAUUUUUUUGUGGAUUAACUAAAUUGCUCCCAUUUUGAUUUGGUUUGAUGUGGUCAGUAUAAAACUCGCUAACAAGGAAUGUACAGAUUAAAACUAUUACUAUAUUUAUCAUACAUAGAUGCAACAAGUUUUAUUUUUAUGCACAAGACAUCUGUUUAUUUGCCAUGAUUUUUAUUGAAAUGUUUAGAUCUCUGGUAAAUGUGUUUUAGUCUAGAUAAAUUUAUACUUGAAUAUGUGUGGAAAAAUAGCAUGCCGUCUUCCUCUAAAGAAAACGUUAUUUUCUUAAUUUUACUUAUUUAAGAAUUAAGCAAAUAAAAUAUGUCAAUUCAGAUUGA